GCUCACAGGGGCGCGAGCGUAUGCUUUCGCGUGCGCGAGGAUGCAGAGCCCGGGGGCGGGGGCAUGGCUGUCCGUCACUGGUGGCAGGGGCCGCUUGGGAGUGGUCCGCACGCGGCGACAAGGCCGGCACCCCUGCCGCGGCGGCCGGGGAGGCCCUGCGGGCGUGGGCGCAGGGAGAAGGCCCGCGGCUCGGGGCGCAGGGGGAGGGCGCGGCAGCGAGGCGCUCGGCUGGACGGCGUCCGCGUCCGGCGAGCCGGCGAACAGGGCCUCGGGGUGUUCGCCGGCCGCGACUUCGGCAGGGCAGAGGUGGUCGCCGCAGUGCCGCGGCGCCUCUGCUUGCUGGAGCCGGUGGCAGCCGUGCCGGCGGAGCCCUCCGAGGCGCGCCCCUCCGCACCCUUCGGCGGCACGGCCAAUUGGUACCAUGCCCUGGGUUGCGACGCCAGCAGGCGGGCUGCCGCCGGCCUGGCGGCGCAGCUGCUCCGCCAGCGGCUCUUGGGCGCGAGCGCGCCGCUGAGCCACUACUGCGGCACUGUCACGCCGGAGAUGCCUCUGUCGCUGCAGCCACUGGCUGCGCCCCCGUGGGAUGCGGCGCUGCUCUCGCACAGCCCGCUGCUCGUGCGCCUGCACUCAGAGGCCGCGCGCUGUGACGACACCUGCCUUGCUUUGCUGAGCGCGCAGCCCAUCGCCACGGCUGCGAGCGAGAGGCUCAGGCGCUGGGCGCUCUGCGCGGUGCUGACGCGCAGCUUCUCGCUGUAUGGGGGCUUGCGGGGCAGAGCCAGAACUUUGGCCAUGGUACCCUUCCUCGACUUGCUGAACCACCGGAGCCCCUGCGAAGGUCGCUCGGCACCCACCUGCCGCUUCGAGGAGCAGAGCGACUUGCUUGCCAUGGUCACCACGAGGGCUGUGCGAUCGGGCGAGGAGCUCACCUUCUCCUACGCGCUGGCGCCGGACGCUGCGCUGCUCUGCCAGUACGGCAUCCCUGGCAGCGGACUCGGCGCGAACUCCAUGAACGAGGCGAUGGUGCCCGUGCCGCCGUCUGCACUCCGCGCCAGCCCGUGCGGUGCGCCUGCAGCUGCACCGCCGGACCUUGCGGCCGCCAGGCUCGCCGCACUGGAGCGGCAGGGCUGGCUGAGCGCAGGGGCGCCGCUGCUGCUGUCCGUGCCGGCGGACUCGUGCCCGCGGGACGGCCGGCUUGCGCGCCUCGCGCGGCUGCUGGCGCUGGGCAGUGCGCCGGAGGUUGAGCGCUGGGAGCGCCACCUGCUGGCCCCCGUGCCGGAGCACAAGGCCCCCGCUGGCGGCAGACGCACGCCAGCCAGGCGCGCGGAAGCCCAGGGCGGAGCGCCCGGGGCGGGCUGGCCCGGCGACGCGUCGCUGGAGGCGCGUGCCUGGCGGCUGGUGGCGGGCUGGGCCCGCGAGGCCUGGCGGCUGGCAUCCGAGGCGCUGGGAGGCCUGGCCGGCAGAGAGCCCGAAGCAGGCAGCCGCGAGUGGGCCGUGCUCGCCGUCGCCGCCGCGGAGGAGGAGCUGCUCGCCGAGGCGGCCGGCGACGCCGAGCGGCGCGCGCUGGCCGCGGAGCUGCGGGGCGCCGCGGGCGGCGGCCGCGGGCCGGGGCUGUGGGGGCCCGUCCGCGCCUCGGUGCGGCAGCGGCCCGGCGCGAUGGCGGCCGAGGGCGAGGCGAGCGCCCAGCAGAAGGACCUGAGCUCUCUGACGGUUCCCCAGCUGAAGGAGAAGCUGAAGGAGGCCAACUUGCCUGUGAGCGGGAACAAGGCUGAACUGAUCGCGAGAUUGCUGGAGAAGGAGGCCUCCGGCAGCAGCGCCGCGCCCGCCGGCGACGCGCCCGCUGGUCAGGAGGCGGCCGGUGCCGAGGCAGAAGCGGCCCAGGCGAAGAAGGCCGACGAGCCCAAGGAGGCCGAGGAGCAGAAGGAGAAGGAGGCCGAGCAGCCAACGGAGCAGAAGGCGGACGACAGCAAGGCGACGGAGGCCGACGAAGAGCGGAAGGAGCAGAAGGAGGACGGCGGCGAGGCGAAAGAGGACAAGGAAGGUGAAAAGGCUGAGGGCAAGGAGGAAGAGGAUGUCGAAAAGCUUGACAAGCUGAACAUGUCGCUGGAUGAUCUCAUCAGCACAGAUGACACCAUUGGUGCCCACAAGAAGGGCAAGGGUAAAGGCAAACAAGGCGGUUGGUCAGGAGAUUGGGGCGGCGGCGACAAGUGGAACGGCGGCAGCUCCUGGAAGAACGACAGCAGAGGUGGCAACGAUUGGAAGCAGUCCUGGAAGGACGGCGGCGGCGGCGGCAAGAGCAGCUGGGGCGGCGGCAAGACGGACAGCUGGGGCGGCGGCGGCGGCUCGAGCUGGAAGGGUGGCUCAGCGGAUUACGGCAAGAACAGCAAGACGUGGGCAGGAUCAUCCUACGGCGACAAGUCGUAUGACAAGCCGUACGGGGGAGCGUCCUACGGCAAUAAGUCCUAUGACAACAAGUCGUACGACAGCAAGUCCUACGGCAACUCGUCGUACGGCAACAAGUCCUACGACGACAAGUCGUUUGGCAAGUCCUAUGACAGGGACGACACCUCCAAGUUCGGCAGGGGCGGCGGCGGCGGCGGCGGCUACGACAAGGGUGGCUACGGCAGCUUUGACAAGGGGAGCUACCGGAAGAGCGACGACAGGGGGGCCGCCUCCUACGACAAGGGCGCCAGCUACGACAAGCGCUCCAGCUACGACAGGGGGGGCGCGGGCCACGACAGAGGCGGCGGCUCCGGCUACGACAAGGGGGAGAGGUACGACAAGACGUACGACAAGAGCGGGUACGACAAGGGAGGCCACGACAGGGCCGGGGCACGCGGCAGCGGCAGGGACCCUCCCGAUCGGGGCUACGACAGGGAGCCGCCGCGCUACAGCGACCGGGCGAUGGCGCUGAAGUACCGGCAAGGACAUGCGCUGAGGCACCGAGCGAUGGUGGGCUAUGUCAUGUUUGCCGUGCAGCGGCGCGCGGACGACAGCGAGGUCACCCAGGCCGCUGUUUCCCUGAGCGCCUUCGUAUGGUAG